UCGACGUUGCCGAAGAGUUUUUGUGUGAAAGCUCUGCAUAAAUGGCGGCUCAUCCCAUUAAGAUCUUGUAUCUCUUUCCCGCCUUAUUCUUACCUCUCUUCGCCGUCUGCGAAGUCGCUUCGUUCGCUCGUUCAAGUAACGAUGUGUUGAUCGAUGAUUUGCUGGAAAUCAAGCUCAGGAUCUCUCGCUUAGAAUCCGUUCUGGAGGGAAGCAGGCAAAAUUUAACCGAGAAAGGCAAUGAAAUUGUGGCGCAGGAAAGGUUAAUUGAGGCUAUGUCUCAUAAGAUUCAAUACUUGGAGUCGGCUCUAUUUGAUAUGAAGAGGAAAACAUUAAGUCAUGAUGAAAGGAUUGCUGCUCUAGAGGAUGAGGUACGACUUCUCUGGGCUGUAUUAAGAAAGAACAACUUUGAUAUUCAUCUUUUGAAAGUCAAGGCACAUGAAGCUGAGGAAAAACUUGAAGAGGUUACCUCACAAGUUGAGAAGAUGCUAAUCAGAACUCAGAAACACAAUUGUAGAACCAAAAAACUCGAGUGGGACGAUUUCAUGGAUGGGAUUCAUAUUCAGAGUUCACAAAACUCAUCUAUGAAGGGCUAG